CGGCGGGGAGAUUCUCUUGCCAUCUUUACGGCAGAAAGGGGGUUAUCGUUACUCCGUCUAUCCGUUGCCAUCCUUCCCGGUGCUUAGCCCGGCCCUCUUCGCGACGCCAUGCCGCCCAAAUUCGACCCCAACGAGAUUAAAGUCGUGUACUUGAGAUGCACUGGAGGUGAAGUUGGUGCCACUUCUGCGUUGGCUCCUAAAAUUGGACCCUUGGGUUUGUCUCCCAAAAAGGUUGGGGAUGACAUUGCCAAAGCCACAGGUGACUGGAAAGGGCUGCGAAUCACUGUGAAGCUGACCAUCCAGAACAGGCAAGCUCAGAUUGAAGUGGUCCCAUCAGCCUCCGCCUUGAUCAUCAAAGCUCUGAAGGAACCACCCCGUGACCGCAAGAAGCAAAAGAACAUUAAGCACAGCGGCAAUGUCAGCUUUGAUGAGAUUGUGAGCAUUGCCAGGCAGAUGCGGCACAGGUCCUUGGCCCGGGAGCUCUCUGGAACCAUUAAGGAGAUCCUGGGAACAGCACAGUCCGUUGGCUGCAAUAUUGAUGGGAGACACCCCCACGACAUCAUUGAUGACAUCAACAGUGGUGCAGUGGAAUGUCCAGCGGUAAGUGCCCAUCUGUUCUGAAAGAGGCUGGCAGUCUCACUGGAUCCUUGACUUGGCACUACAUUAAAUUGGCUUAUCCUUUUCCUCUCUCCACAGAGCUAAGCCCUGCAGCCCAUGGGAACUCAACACAGCAAGUUCCACAGUGCUCUGCAAUCCUGUGACUAUUCAUAAUAAAAAUGGCAGUUUGUCCC